AUGGAUUCCACUGCAGAUGAAUGGGUGGGCGAGGAUACUUGCCUUUUCCCAUGUGAAGACCUUGAGCCGCUGGAAACACAGCUUUCUGAGGAGCUCGACGCAGAGCUAAGGGGAUGCUCUGUCCAAGUUGGUCCGCACAAGGUGAAGCUGUACAUGGCAAAACAACGAGCCGACGACCUGUCCCCCGACGACUUGGGCCUGCGAAUCUGGCCGGGGACACACGCCAUGGCCUUCCUGCUUCUUCGCCUCGAGCGUGAAGGUGUCUUGGCUGGCCGGUCUGUGUUGGAUGUGGGCUGCGGGACGGGCUUCAUUGGCAUUUUGGCGUGGAAGGCUGGCUGCGGACUUUCUAUUCUUUCGGAUCGUCCCGGUCGGGCGCUGUGUGCUGCUCGGGUCAAUGCUCUGGCAAAUGGGGACGACGGCGACAUCCUGGUCAGGUGCCUAUCCUGGGGUCCCGGCAGCGUCGAUGACACUGAAGGUGAAGUCUACAACUUAAUCCUCCUGUCCGAGGUGUUGUAUGUUGCCCAGCCCACGUGUGUUCCAUGGAGCCUGGACAAGGACGACGUGGAAGCCCUGGUGAAGCUGACAAAGUUGAAGCUGAGCCCAGAGGGGGAUGCCUACAUCACGUACGGUAAUCGGGAGGCAGGCGGUACCGAGCAGGUCCAGGCAGCUGCAGAGGCUGCCGGGCUUAGUUUUCGGGAGCUUCCCUUGGAGACGGUGAUCCCUGAGGAGGUUCUUUCCCAGACGAGGACUACUGCGCUUCGCCGAGUUCGAGUCUUUCACCUCCGACACGCAAGAGGGGUCUGA